UUUUUUUUUUAUGACCAUCACUCUUCAUCCCAUUACUCAACUCAAAGGACAUACUGCUCCUGUUCUUUGUGCCAAAUAUGCCAAAGAUACCAUUUUAGGUGACCAUGUACUUGCUUCUGGUUCAGAGGAUAAUACCUGUCGUAUUUGGGAUUUACGUUCACAACGUGUAGUCAAAGGAAUCAAAGGUUUGCAUAAUCCGGUUUCUAGCGUGGAGUUUGCUCCUGUGCCUGAAAGUUCAUUGCUUUACUUAUCCUCUGGAACCAAGGUUUUCACAUAUGAUAUACGAAACACAAGUAUGAUUCUAUCUGAAGCUACUAGGGAAUACGAUUUCAGUAGUGAUGAAAUUAAUUCUAUCGAUGUCAAUGGAAAACAUACAUAUCUGGCUACAGCAGACGACAAUGGUGAAGUGAAAAUAAUUGAUCUGGCUACUCAUACUAUAUUCAAGAAAAUGACAAAGAAGCAUGGAAAUUUAUGUAUGUCUGUCAAGUUUAGUCAACGAAUGACCUGGGAAGUGUGGUCGGGCGGAUUGGAUUGCAAGAUUUAUCGAUGGGACUACUCUAGGGGGAAACCGUUGGACAUCAUAAAUACAACAUCAAGCGAACCCUCAGCAUCACAAAUGUUUAACCCUCCUUUUGUCUACACUCUUGGAUCUUCUUUGGAUGGAAAUUGGAUUGCUGCUGGUUUAGGGGAUGCAUCCAUUCAGCUUUUUAACUUUGGUGAUAAGAAGAAGAAAAAACAGCAACUGGAUACCAAUCCUAGAGAAAUACGGUUGGAAAAUGGUCAUACCAAUAUGGUCAAUUGUUUAUCAUUCUUACCUCUAUUGGAUGGUAAUAAUACCUUUGCACAUUUGUUAUCAGGUUCAGUCAAUGGUUCUUUGGCAUUAUGGCGUCUACCUCAUCACCUUGAUGACGUGACUGAUCAUCAUCAUCAAUUACAAGAAACUCUAGAGAAAUAUCAAUUGGACGACUCGAUAGCACGAUUGAAUCAUUUGGAAUCAUAUUCAUUGGAUGGAACAUCAACUCAACUGGCAGUGGCUGGUGUAGGCACUCAAUGCAAUCUAGGGGUACUGAAUCUUUAUUCUCUAUUAUAGAAUUUGACUCCUGUUUUAUAUCGACUUAUUUUAGUUAUUAUUCGUAAUCAAAUCUAUGUUUUAUUAUAGUUGUUGUAGACUUUAUUGUAGUUUUAAAAUAAAUAUCAC